AUGGUACCUAACUGGAAUUUCUUUGUUUGUGGGCAAGCAGGCGAGAGUAAGAGCAACACGCGAUCCUACGCUUAUGGAGGAAGAGAUGCUUUGCCAGGAGAAUUUCCACACAUGGGUGCAGUAGGAUGGAGACCUCUAGAAGGAAAUUGGAUAUUUAAGUGUGGAUGCUCCCUCAUCAGUUCUAAGUAUACUUUAACAGCUGCCCAUUGUACCAAAUCAUCGCGCGACCCUAGGUUACUAAGCUCUGUACCCGAAAUCGUGAGACUUGGUGUCAAAAAUAUUUUUGACAGCUUUUCCGAUGGACUUUUCCCAGAAGACUCUAGAAUUUUAAGAAUAAUCGUCCAUCCUGCCUAUCGUUCGCCAAAGAAAUAUUUUGAUAUCGCAUUAAUGGAGAUAUCUAAAGUGUAUACAUUCACAAAAAACCAACAACCAGCGUGUCUCUGGAGUAACUUUGAUAUUUCAAAACUCGGUACUUCAGCAACAUUAACAGGUUGGGGAGCGAUAGAUGCAGAAACAAAAACAUCUCCAAAACUUCAGGCGGCGGUAGUUGAUAUUAUAGAUCCGGAACAAUGUGACGCUUUGCUCCAGCAUUCAUGUAAUCGACAUUGGUGUGGACUGGAGCCACAUCAGUUAUGUGGGGGGAAGCUGUCUGGUGGUGUAGAUUCGUGCCAGGGUGAUUCUGGCGGUCCUUUGCAAGUGAAAAUCGAUCUCCCAGAACUUGGUGAAGGAGCGAUGCAUUUUAUCAUAGGAGUGACAUCAUUCGGUAUUGGGUGUGGGCUUCCUAACCAACCCGGGGUCUACACCAGGGUCUCCAGCUUCAUAGAUUGGAUUGAAAGCAUCGUUUGGAAAGAUAAC